CUGCGGGGCAAGGUUUUGCCCCCCUUCGUUAUUGAUGGACAUACAGAAUUUCAGAUGGGUCGACCACCGGUUUUCUUGUACCUGUUCUUAAUGCGAAAAGCAUACUGUAUCACGAUCAUUAGCUCCCGGUAUCUGCUCUGUUCCUCGGCGGGCAUGAGUAUCGCAGACACGCAGUGACCUUCCAGCAAUGAACUCAACAGAUCCGGGAAUUAUGUCGAUCAAUCAACCAACAAUUCCUGCCGCAGACGUCCCGCCGGUAACGAUCACACCGGAGAGACGGAAACGGCCGUUGAGAACCUACAGUCGACGAUCUGCCCCAGCGAAGGGACACUACGGGGAAUCCGCGCCUCAGUCGGAGGAGGAGAAGACAGAGACGGUUCCAGAUGUGCCGCGCGCAGAGUCGCCUCAGCUUCCUGUGCUUCCCAGGCAAGACCAAACGAAACGACCGAGCCGCGGAUCGAUCCUGGCCUACUUCAAGCCUGUUCCUCCGAGUUCCGACGAUGCGCCUGUCGCCUUCGCUUGUUCUGAUUCGGCGGAACCACUGUCAACACCGCCCACCUCUCCUCUGGCACUGUUGCUACCGAGGAAACGAAGGAGACUCACCACCCGACCCCACCUGAAUCCAGAUCAACGGGUCACCGAUGGCGCUGAAGGCUGUAUUAAGACCGACUCCGAGCCAGACGAGGAAAGCAGGACGUCGAAGUCACGCAGCUCAUCGAUAGAGAGCACCAUUGUUGUUGGCGGCAACUCUGACAGCGCCCUCCGUCCACCACUGUGCAGUGUGGCAGUGAACACGCUGCAACCUCAAGCCGCACCAGUGAGUGCUCUGGAGCAUGCGAAACCAAAGACAACGAGAACGUCGGAGAAAAAAAAACCAGCUAAGGACAUGACGCAAACCACCCUGAGUCUUUCUAUCCACAAAGAGCCGGGCUUCACAAUCUGUGGGGCCUGUGACAUUCUGUACAAUCCGCUGAACGAAAAGGACAGAAGGGAGCACAACCGCCGGCAUGCGGCUCAUUCCCGGAGAAAGACAAAGCUUUCGUCAUGAUGUCCGAAUAGGACGGAGACACUGACUCGAACCUUGGAAUGAGUUGUCUCAGAAGUCAAUUGGACUUGUCAUUAGGAUAACCGGGAAUUGGUAACCUUGGAAGAGCGAACAACAUAACUGUGGGGCCGACCCUAUUACAUCAU